CAGGGGAAGAAACAGUGUUGAUUUAUCAGCAUCACUGUGAAGCGCGAAAUUCACAGAAACCUUCCUUGCGCUUAGAUACAAUAUUUUCGCUCUGUUUCCUCUCAGAUUCGGCAUAACCGCUGAAGUAGAGAGAUCGAUUCGGGUUUGCUAGUGCAUGACGAGUGCUUCGGAGCUAUUCUACAAUCGGAGGUAUCGUUUGGGACGAGCCUCUGAUUAUCUUGGGAACGAUUCGUUGCCCGAUAGAUACUUUCACCUCGAUGUUAAUAACCGUCGCCAUCAUCACCAUCCACACGAUUUCAGUGAUGGUGAGACUCUCCGACGGUCCACGCCAACGCAGCGGCUAUUCCAUCGUUUGUCCUCCACGGAGCGGGAAUCAGCUAGACUUGACCGGUGGCAUAACCGAUCUCUUUCAAACACGAGCAAUUCUGCUGAAAAUGUUAGCAGUUUCAGGGGCCCUAGAGUGACUGGCAAUGACAGGCUACCCGUAGCUGUGGUACAUGCAAGGGCAAGACUCCUUCAGAGGCUGAGUGCAGCACCUCCGUCCAGAAACAGGCAAAGAGGUAGAGCCUCUCUAGAUAUUGACGACAUGAGGCAUACUAACUUCAGGGAUGAAGAGAGCAGUGAAUCAUCAACAACUGGUUUAGCUGAGGGUUUCUCAUUAACUGACUUAACUUUACAAAUGGAAAGGUCCCAACUCUCACAUGAAGUGAACAAAAAACCACCAGGACUCAACCAGGAGGCCAUAGACCGUUUGCAUAUGGAAGUAUUUGGCAACAGGGAAACACAGAACGGAAGAACUGGAAUCUAUAGUACUGCAGGAUUGUGGCAUAUGCCUAGAAACUUUUCUGGAUGGAGACAAGCUGAUACGCUUGCCAUGUGGGCACAGAUUCCACUCUGUCUGUUUGGAUCCAUGGGUUCGAAAAUGUGGCGAUUGCCCGUUCUGUAGAAGAGAGAUAUUUGUAAACUAGAAAAGCCAAUGCGCAUUGCAUGAAGUUUGUGGACAUGUUGCAUCUGCAUAAAGGGUAAUGUCGUUGUUUUAGAUGUUGUAUUGCUGUUUUUGUGGUUAUGAAAAAUACCAUGAAGUUGCAUUUUUUCCGUAGUCAUGCGGAUUUGUAUUGAUAAAAUUUGGUGCAUGCUAGCAUUUUUACUCGUACUUGUGACUAUGAAAUGAGAGCGUUGUGUUUUCUUGUUCCCA